AGCAGAAUGCGAAGCAACAAAUAAAGCUCUACAAGAACAAUUAGAAAAACAAGAAAAACAAAAUCUCGAGUUGGUUCAAGAAUUACAGCAAGCUAAAGAAGAGAACGAUCCAGGCAAAAUAGCCAAAAUAAUGUCCAUAAUAAAGGACAACGAUAAAAACCAGCAAACUACUCGUUUAGCAAUUAAAAAAAUGAUGGAAGAAAAAAACAAGCAAGAAAGAGCAAUUAACGAGUAUAUUCAAAAUGUUGAUGAACUAUGA